AUGGACCAGUGGAAAAGUCGUAACGGGCGCAAGAACACCGCGGAGUUACACGUCGCCAGUAGCAGGUGCACAGCGUAGAGGAAAUCAUAAAUACGAGGCGAAAGAUGGCGUAGCAUAUGGUGUGUUUUAUUCCCCGUUUCUAUCCACGGCUGUCAGCUCCAGAACGAACCAUAACCCUGUGCUUUCCCAUGGAACUAUGUCGCGCGUGACCAUCAGCUGACCUGCUUCAUCCAGAGUGGCCGCCGUCUCUCCACACUGAACACAUUCAUUCCAACACAAUGUCAGGUACCUACACGCCAGCCCCCGGUGGGCCGUUCUCUGCUCUCACUCCAAGCAUGUGGCCUCAGGACAUUCUGGCAAAGUACCAUCAAAAAGACUCAGAACAGCCUGAACUUCAGUACGACGAGUUUGGCUUCAGAAUCGACACCGAGGACGGUGAAGAGCCUAAGUCCUGUCUGGGCAUCGAGGGCUCACCUCAGCGUGAAGAUCCUCAGCAGCGACUGCGCUGGCAGGCCCACCUGGAGUUCACCCACAACCACACGGUGGGCGACCUGACCUGGGAGCUCAUCGACCCCGUCCUCCCACGCUCUGAGCGCCUGCGGUCCCUGGUGCUGGGUGGAAUCCCUCACAGCAUGAGGCCACAGCUGUGGAUGCGUCUGUCUGGAGCGCUGCAGAAGAAAAGGACCUCUGAGAUCUCCUACAGAGAAAUCAUCAAGAACAGCUCUAAUGAUGACACCACCACAGCUAAACAGAUAGAGAAGGACUUGUUACGGACGAUGCCGACCAAUGCGUGUUUCAGUAAUCUGUCCAGUGUUGGAGUUCCCAGACUGAGGCGUGUCCUGAGGGGCCUGGCAUGGCUCUACCCAGACAUCGGCUACUGUCAGGGCACAGGCAUGGUGGUUUCCUGCCUGCUGCUCUUCCUGGAGGAGGAGGAUGCUCUGUGGAUGAUGUGCGCCCUCAUCGAAGACCUGCUGCCUCCGUCCUACUUCUCCUCCACUCUGCUGGGCGUCCAGACAGAUCAGAGGGUUCUCCGUCAGCUGAUAGUUCAGUAUCUGCCAGCACUGGACCGCCUCCUGCAGGAGCACGACAUAGGUAAUGAUGAGCUGUCGCUGAUCACCCUGCACUGGUUCCUCACAUCAUUCGCCAGCGUGGUGGACAUUCGUCUGCUCCUCAGGAUCUGGGAUCUGCUCUUCUAUCAAGGCUCUCUGGUGCUCUUCCAGAUCACACUGGGCAUGCUCAAGAUUAAGGAGGAGGAGCUCGUAUCGUCGGAAAACUCUGCAUCCAUUUUCAACACUCUGUCGGACCUGCCAAGCCAGCUGAAAGACGGACCUGCAGUUCUUGGCGAGGCUAUGAGGCUAGCAGGAACGCUAUCGCAGGACACUCUGGAGGCUCACCGACACAAACAUCUCGCCUAUAUUCUAAAUGAACAGGCGCAACUCAACAAUGGGAACAACGCAACACUCAACACUAACCUCAACAAGGUGGUGAGGAGACAGUCCCUGCGCAGGAAGUCCACCCUGAGCUCCCUGCUGUUUGGGGAGGACGAGGCAGAAGCCCUGAAAUCAAAGAACAUUAAGCAGACGGAGCUGGUGGCCGCCCUGAGAGAAGCGAUAGCUCGUACUGCAGAGCAUUUCCACUGUCUGGACCCUCGACACUCCAGCACCGAUUUAACUCCAGACUACUCCAUGGAGAGCCACCAGCGAGAUCACGAGAACUUUCUGGUGGUGUCUCGAAACCGACGGAGACGUGCGAAGGCUUUGCUGGACUUUGAGCGUCACGAUGACGACGAACUGGGCUUCAGAAAGAACGACAUCAUCACUAUCAUCUCACAGAAAGAUGAACACUGCUGGGUCGGUGAGCUCAACGGCCUCAGAGGUUGGUUUCCAGCAAAGUUUGUGGAGAUUCUAGAUGAAAGAAGCAAAGAGUACUCUCUAGCAGGAGACGACUCUGUGACGGAGGCAGUGACAGAUCUGGCCAGAGGGACUCUGUGUCCCACUCUGAAGGCCAUCUUUCAGCACGGCCUGAAGAAGCCGUCCAUCCUGGGAGGUCCCUGUCACCCGUGGCUGUUCAUCGAGGAGGCAGCCAGCAGGGAGGUAGAGAGGGAUUUUAACUCGGUCUACUCCAGACUGGUGCUGUGUAAAACCUACAGGUUAGAUGAAGAUGGUAAAGUUCUGACACCAGAGGAGCUGCUGUACAGAGCGGUGCAGUCUGUCAACAUGAGCCACGACUCGGCCCACGCUCAGAUGGACGUCAAGUUCAGAUCUCUGGUCUGCGUUGGACUCAAUGAACAGGUGCUGCACCUGUGGUUGGAGGUCCUGUGCUCCAGCAUGGCUGCUGUAGAGAAAUGGUAUCACCCCUGGUCCUUCCUCCGUAGUCCUGGAUGGGUGCAGAUCAAGUGUGAGCUCAGGGUUCUAUCAAAGUUUGCCUUCAGUCUCUCCCAGGAUUGUGAGCUACCUGACAAGAAGGAGGAGAAGGAGCAGAAACCUCUUAAAGAAGGAGUGCAGGACAUGCUGGUGAAGCAUCACCUCUUCAGCUGGGACAUCGACGGCUAGACGUCUGAAACCUCCCGGUCCAACGUGUUCCUGAAAAUAUUUCAUGUUUCCUCGCCUUUUUAUUAGACUGUCUGCUAAAGAGGACCGUCACCCUGUCAUCUCUGGAGAGUAACAUCCAAAUAGUGACUGAAACUCAUCAUAAAGUGCACCUGAAGCGUGUGUACAUUACAGUGCAUACUUUAUUUUUAUCCAAACCUAGAUAGGAGGUUCUACUGCACACGUGAAGCCGUCCUGUAGUAGAGAUAGUCCGUAGUCGCCUCUCUGCCCUUUAGUCCUUCAUCGUGAGCUUUGCAGAAUCCCAGGAGACGUUCUAACGCGCUUCCUAAAGUCCACAUGACCCUGUAAAGCCCCAGAUUUAAAGACCAAAACAGAACAUUCCUGUACAUGAAGCUGUAAAGUUCCAAACUAUUUUUGAGAGGAAUGCCCUUUUACCUCAGUGUCCUAAAUUCCAGAAUAUGUUGCAUUAAAUCCUCACGCCAAGAAAAGCCUUUUCAGAUUGUGAUGCUGAGCUAGCGUGUUUCCUGAGCAGUUGUAUGAUAAAAUGUACAUGGAGGAGAUAAUUUGUGUUACAUAAAUACAUGUUACAAAUAUAACAUCCACAACUUGGAA